CUUUUUCUUCUUUUCCAACUGAUUAGUUGAAACAAAAUGUAUCAACCACCACCUGGCCAAAAAGAGCAUGACCAAUAUCCUCUUCAAGACACGCAAUUCUCUAACCAGCCACCUGUAACUCGUUCACCUUUCGAUGACGACCAUUAUCCAGCAGAUCAACAUAUGCCAGCUUAUGAUCAACAACCUCUUUUAGCUUCUGGCAUGGCUCCAACCUCAUAUCCCUCUCAUCCUUAUCCUCCAGGUCCACCUAGUCCUGGUGGAGUCUCACCUUAUCCUUCAUAUAGUGGUGAUAGCUCACCCGCAACUCCUCAAUUCUUCAACCCUCCCUCACCCAGCAUGCAUUAUGGUGAAGUUCCUAAACGCCAACCUCGUCGUUACAAGACAACCAGACAAGUCAAGUUGACAAAAGGUAACUUGGUUCUGGAUUGUCCAGUGCCUACUGCUUAUUUAAAGGACGUGCCAUUGAAGGAAGGAAAGGAAUUCACACACAUGCGUUAUACUGCUGCUACUUGUGAUCCAAAGGACUUUGUGAGCGAAGGUUAUACUCUUCGUCAACAAAUGCUCGGACGUAAGACAGAAUUGUUUAUUGUCUUGACCAUGUACAAUGAAGACGAAGUUUUGUUUACACGUACCAUGCAUGGUGUUAUGAAAAACAUUGCUCAUCUUUGUUCUCGUGAUCGUUCCAGUACUUGGGGACCUGCUUCUGGUGGACCAGGAUGGCAUAAGGUGACUGUAUGUAUUGUCUCUGAUGGUCGUACCAAGAUCAACCCUCGUACCUUGAACGUCUUGUCUCUUUUAGGUGUCUACCAAGAUGGUGUUGCCAAGAACGUUGUGCACGGCAAACCAGUGACUGCUCACAUUUAUGAAUAUACAACACAAAUCUCUGUGGAUCCAGAGAUGGAAGUCAAAAAAGCUGGUUCAAAGAAUGUGGCGCCUUGUCAGCUCUUGUUCUGUCUUAAGGAAAAGAAUGCCAAAAAGAUUAACUCUCAUCGUUGGUUCUUCCAAGCCUUUAGUCCAAUUCUAGAUCCUCAUGUCUGUGUCUUGAUUGAUGUUGGUACUAGACCUGGUGGUACUUCAAUUUAUCAUCUUUGGAAAGCAUUUGAUAUUAACUCCAACAUUGCUGGUGCUUGUGGUGAAAUUCGUGCCAUGGCUGGUACUGGUGGCGUCGCUCUUUUGAACCCUUUAGUCGCUGCUCAAAACUUUGAAUACAAAAUGUCUAAUAUUUUGGAUAAGCCUCUUGAAUCUGUAUUUGGUUAUAUCUCUGUGUUACCAGGUGCUUUCUCAGCCUAUAGAUUCAAAGCCCUUCAAAAUGAUGUGGAUGGCCAUGGUCCUUUAGAAAAGUACUUUUUGGGUGAAACUCAACACGGUGGUGAUGCUGAUAUCUUCACAGCCAAUAUGUAUUUGGCUGAAGAUCGUAUCUUGUGUUAUGAAUUGGUUGCCAAAAAGAAAGCCCAUUGGGUCUUGCAUUAUGUGUCUAGUUCUUAUGGUGAAACCGAUGUUCCUGACAAAGUUGACGAAUUCAUUUCUCAACGUAGACGUUGGCUUAACGGUUCCUUCUUUGCUGGUAUCUAUGCUCUUUAUCAUUGGCGUAAGGUUUGGGCUUCUGAUCACUCUUAUAUCCGUAAGAUGAUGUUCAUGGUGGAAGAUCUUUACAAUACUUACAACUUAAUCUUUUCUUGGUUUGCUUUGGGUAACUUUUACCUCACUUUCUUCAUCUUGACACGUGCUCUCAUCCCCAGUGUGAGUGGUCUACAAAACCCUCCCUUCUCUGAAACUGCUGCUAGUCUUUUACACAAUAUUCUGAACUAUAUCUACAUUAUCUUGCUUGUUGUCCAAUUCAUCAUUGCUAUGGGUAACCGUCCUCAAGGCUCUAAACUUGCUUAUACUCUGUCUAUGAUCUUUUUCGCUUUCCUCAUGGUGUACAUCAUGUUUGCUGCUAUCUGGAUUACGGUUGCAGGCGUUCGAGUGAUUGUGGAGACUUCGGACGGAUCAUUUAUUUCUAUGCUUGAGCAAAGUUCAUUCAGAAACAUCAUCAUCUCGCUAUGUUCUACCUAUGUUCUUUACUUUGUUUCCAGUUUCCUUUUUCUUGAUCCCUGGCACAUGUUCAGUAGUUUCAUCCAGUACAUCUUGUUGUCUCCCAGUUAUACCAACGUUCUUAACAUUUAUGCCUUCUGUAACACACACGAUGUGUCUUGGGGUACAAAGGGUGAUAACACAGUAGCCACAGAUUUGGGUGUUGUCAAAGCCAAGAAGGACAAAUCUGGUGACUUGGCUGUCGAAGUUGAAGUACCUGUGGAAGAAAAGGAUAUCAAUGCUGCUUACGUUGAUGCUCAAGUCGAACUCACCAAGAAGAUCGAACCUGAGAAGUCUCAUCGUGAUGCAAAAACCAAGCAAGAAGAUUACUACAGAUCUUUCCGUACCAGAAUUGUGUUGUCUUGGAUUGUUUCCAACUUGGCUCUUGUUGUGGCUAUUACAAACACAUCUGUGAUCACAACAGGUGAUCGUUCUGCUGCUUACCUUGGUUUCAUUCUUUGGUCUGUAGCUGGUUUAGCAGCCAUUCGAUUCAUUGGUUCUACGCUUUACCUUAUCUUUAGAAUCUUUACUGGCUAAAUGAGACCAGCUGCUCCUUUUUUUUUUUGCAUAUACAUACUUAUUUAUCAUGUUUUUUGUUCUAUAAAGAAAAAAUAUAACUCACACUUCACAUUUCUCUAUUUUUUGUUAAUAAAAUGCCCUUUUUUCUCGC